UUAUAAAAAUCAAGUUUCGUGUUCAUCCACUCUCUCUCUCUCUCACUGUAAUCCCAAUCCAUAUCCCUAUUCUUCUCUCUUUCUCCGAAUCGAUCAGAGAGCGUCACAGCCCGAGAUCGCUUCAGCGAUGUCGACCGGCAGAAAGAUUACGUUGAAGAGCUCUGACGGUGAGACCUUCGAGGUCGAUGAGGCGGUGGCCUUGGAAUCGCAGACGAUCAAGCACAUGAUCGAGGACGAUUGCGCUGACAAUGGUAUUCCCCUUCCCAACGUCACCAGCAAGAUCUUGUCUAAGGUCAUCGAGUACUGCAAGAAACACGUUGAGGCUCCUAAGGCCGAGGACCGCGCCUCCUCCGUCGACGAUGAACUCAAGGCUUGGGACGCAGAUUUCGUCAAGGUUGACCAGGCCACUCUUUUCGAUCUCAUCUUGGCUGCAAACUAUUUGAACAUCAAGAGCUUGCUGGACCUGACUUGCCAGACGGUGGCGGACAUGAUCAAGGGCAAAACUCCCGAGGAGAUUCGCAAGACAUUCAACAUCAAGAAUGACUUUACACCAGAAGAAGAGGAGGAAGUUCGCAGGGAAAACCAAUGGGCAUUUGAGUAAAUCUCGUUUACAUCAAAUGAGCUACUCUGUUUUUGUGUUCAAGUGUUUUUUUUUCCUCUCUAUCUCUCUCUCUUUUUACUGUUUUUCAAUUGGAUGUCGAGGUUACUGAAUGCUAUUUCAAUCCAUUAUGGGAAAAGCCUCUUAGUCCUUAAAACUGUGGAAUUUCAUGUUCCUAUAAAUCUUCUUCCUCCCCCUCUCUAAAUUUAGAUACUGGGAUGAUCAUCAUGAUGUUAUCUUGAUCUCUUCAAGUAUAUGAAUGUGAUAAAUGAUGUUCUUUA